AUGGAGGCCCUUAUCCCAGUCAUCAAUAAAUUACAAGAUGUGUUUAAUACAGUUGGCGCGGACAUUAUCCAGCUGCCGCAGAUUGCUGUUGUUGGAACGCAGGUAAGAAUCGCGAGCCAACUAACUAGCAUGCCUUCACCUAGUUGCAUUCCCUUAACGUUAGAUAGCUAACGUUAGCUACUGUUGUCUGUAUCACGCAGUUCCACUUCGAGAUAUUUCACUGCACAUUAACAUUUACGUGUGCUGUGUUUUCGAGGAAAGGUUAGCUAACGUUAGUGACCUUAGCUGUAGCAACUUAGUUAGAUAGUUAGCUGGCUAGUGGCUGUGACUCAUGAACUGCUAACUAGUUAACUUAGUUAUCGCGAAUUUGACAGGCAGUAGAACCUGGCUAACGUUACCCCUGUGUAAUGUUGAAACACAGCUGUGCUCAGCAGAAGUGUCAUUGAAAUGAAAUGGCAUCACAUGCCUCUAAAUUUACAUAUUACACAUUUACUGAUUUGUUUACACUGGUAUCCCCCUCCUAGCCUUUGAAGACUUCAAUGGUUUUGAAUGAAUGAAUGAAAACAUAAUUGAAAUCUUCCAAGACAUCCAUCCCUCCCUUGUCUUAUUCCUUGAAUUACCAUCCAUUUGCCCAGAGGAAUUGAGAGUAAACAGCAUUGCCAACAGCGUACUACCCUGCAUCCCACUGUGGCUCCUGAUUCUCAGGGGGGCAAUUUCUGAAUUUGUUGACCCACAUUUCUAAAAGAUUUGCCCACAAAAAGAAGGGCAGAAAAGGCAAUACCAAACAUUUAUAUGAUUCAAAAGGUUGCUUACAAAAGAAUGUUAUUAUUAAAAAUACAGGUGUCUUACAUUGCUCAACACUGCAAAACAAUAUGCUUCAUAAAACACCUCAUCUAAUUGUGCCACAAAGUUGACAAGUCCAAGAAAAAUACCAGGGUUGGUGGAGCCCUCAGUUUCAUCUUUGCCUCGCAAAGCUAACUCAAACACUCCGCAAAACUUCACACACUGGAUUAGCCGGCUGAGGAUGUGGCGGUUCUUGCUAACCUCAUCGUUGUGGCGGCGGACAGCUAGCCUGUAUCCCUCAUCCAGUUGAGUGGCAAUGUUCACUCUCCCCAAAGCAGACAAUCUCAAACAGCUAUCCAUGUGGGUCUUUGACAGCUCAUGUUUCUUAAUCUUUUCUGAAAGAUGGUGCAUGUCCGUUACACCAGUCGCUGUCCAAGCGGUGCUGUCUGCCGUGCCGCCUUCAGGGUGAAAGAGUAAGCAGGGGUAGCAGAAGACUGCAUUAGCUACAUCGCAGCCUGCUAGCCAGGUUUUUCGUUCGUACCAAUUUUUGGAAAAUCCUCGGGUGUAGGACUUUCCCCCUUUAGUAGAAACCUGUUGAAUUAUUACAUUUGGUCUGGGAGGUCCUAAUUGUUUCGUUGCCAAUUUAUCUUGAUUUGUUCGCCGACAAAAAGGAACUUCUUUCAAAGAGACAAUCGAGUUGCACUGAACGCUAGCCAUCUUGACAGUAGUACGUGAAUUGAUUGACGCUGCUACCCGCUCUUUUCUUAGUUACGUUCAUGGUUAUGUUACGUAUGACGAAAGCGCGUAAGUGCAAGCCCUCCCGGAACCCAUAGAGAUUGUAUUGAAAGCUCUGAUAUUUGAAAAAAAAAGAUUUUACAUGAGAGUCUGUGAGAGACUUCUGGGGCGAUUUUCAACCAGACUGAAAUCGCCCCAAAAGGGGCGGGGCCAUUUGAAGCACGACUUUAGCCUGAUUGGACAUUUAGUGGCAGAUCAGACGUCUAGAUUAGAACACUGAUAACUACUGUUGCCGUGAUAUAAUUGAUUAGAAAAAAAAUCCUUUCCUUUUCCCGUUUGGCAGUGCGUCGCCCAUAUCGCCCUAAUGAACUCACCGCCCCUGAUCCCACUGCUGGUUUGCCUCUGAUGCUUAGUAGGGUCGGUCCCAGGAUGCGAGACCAGAUGCUGCUGGAAGUGGUGUUGGAGGGCCAGUAGGGGAAAGGUUUCCGUUAGCGGGUAAAUGACGGCUUUUGGCCCAUAAAAAAAUAAAUAAAUGAAAAGCCGAUUUUAAAAAAAAUUGUUCAGGGGAAAAAAACAAUCCAUUGCAAAAUAAUGUUUUUUUUUAUUCAUUGAUGGAAAUACCAGUUGAUGUGCUCCAACUUCAAAGACAAAGAUACUUUAUAGGCUUACAUGUUGACCACACCGACAGCGUCGCGUGCGUGAGCGUUGCAAAAUAAAUGUACACAUACAUGUUAUUCAAUCAUUGCUCGCCAGCGUCUGCAUAGCCAGGCGCUAAACUAGAACUUGGUUCUAUUUGUGAUGCUUGAAGUGCUGCAAGUCCCGCCUCUCCCAUCUCCUCAUUGGGUUUUAGGAGCAAAUACCCACGUGGGUGAUUGAAAGAUGAAGUGAGGUCCACACUCCAGUCCAGUUGGUGGUGGUAAUGCACCUUAAAGUUGGUUGCCAACCGCCAUAUAAAGUCCAAAGAAGAAUCCUGAAGGAGGAGAGAUUACUAGAAACUAACUCUGUUUACUCUUUUAUCUGUGGAUUAGUUGUUGGAGUAGAGGACCUUGUGCAUUUCAGGUAAAAUAACAACCCAAUGUUUACAUCCCAGGACAAAUUAAAUCAAAUCAAAUUGUAUUUGUCACAUACACGUGUUUAGCAGAUGUUAUAGCGGGUGUAGCAAAAUGCUUCUGCUUCUAGCUCUGACAGUGCAGUAAUAUCUAACAAGUAAUAUAUAACAAUUUCACAACAUAUACCUAAUACACACAAAACUAGUAAGGAAUGGAAUUUAAGAAUAUAUACAUAUAUGGACAAGCAAUGACAGAGCGGCAAGGAAUAAGAUACAGUAGAAUAUUAUAGAAUACAAUGCAGUAUAUACAUAUGAGAUGAGUAGUGCAAGAUAUGUAAACAUUAUUAAAGUGACUAGUGUUCCAUUUCUUAAAGUGGCCAGUGAUUUCAAUAGGCAGCAGCAGCCUCUAAUGUGCUAGUGAUGGCUAUUUAACAGUCUGAUGGCCUUGAGAUAUAAGCUGUUUUUCAUUCUCUUGGGUUCCAGCUUUGAUGCACAUGUACUGACCUCGCCUUCUGGAUGAUAGCGGGGUGAACAGGCAGUGGCUCGGGUGGAUGAUGUCCUUGAUGAUAUUUUUGGCCUUCCUGUGACAUUGGGUGCUGUAUGUGUCUUGGAAGGCAGGUAGUUUGCCCCCGAUAAUGCGUUCAGCAGACCGCAACACCCUCUGGAGAGCCCUGCGGUUGCGGGUGGUGCUGUUGCCGUACCAGGUGGUGAUACAGCCGAAUAAGAUGCUCUCAAUUGUGCAUCUGUAAAAGUUUGUGAGGGUUUUAGGUGCCAAGCCGAAUUUCUUCAGCCUCCUGAGGUUGAAGAGGCUCUGUUGCGCCUUCUUCACCACACUGUCUGUGUGGGUGGACCAUUUAAGUUUGUCGGUGAUGUGUAUGCCAAGCAAUUUUAAGGUUUCCACCUUCUCCACUGCGGUCCCGUCGAUGUGGAUAGGGGGGUGCACCCUCUGCUGUUUGCUGAAGUCCACGAUCAUCUCCUUUGUUUUGUUGACGUUGAGUGAGAGGUUAUUUUCCUGGCACUCCCAGAGCCAUCACCUCCUCCCUGUAGGCAGUCUCGUCAUUGUUGGUAAUCAAGCCUACUACUGUUGUGUCAUCUGCAAACUUGAUGAUUGAGUUGGAGGCGUACUUGGCCACGCAGUCAUGGGUGAACAGGGAGUACAGGAGGGGGCUGAGCAUGCACCCUUGUGGGGCCCCAGUGUUGAGGAUCAGCGAAGUGGAGAUGUUGUUUCCUACCUUCACCACCUGGGGGCGGCCCGUCAGGAAGUUCAGGACCCAGUUGCACAGGGCAGGGUUCAGACCCUCGAGCUUGAUGAUGAGCUUGGAGGGUACUAUGGUGUUGAAUGCUGAGCUGUAGUCAGUGAAUUCUUACAUACAGUGAGGGAAAAAAGUAUUUGAUCCCCUGCUGAUUUUGUACGUUUGCCCACUGACAAAGACAUGAUCAGUCUAAUUUUAAUGGUAGAUUUAUUUGAAAAAUCCAGAAAAACGCAUGUAAAAAAUGUUAUAAAUUGAUUUGCAUUUUAAUGAGGGAAAUAAGUAUUUGACCCCUCUGCAAAACAUGACUUAGUACUUGGUGGCAAAACCCUUGUUGGCAAUCACAGAGGUCAGACGUUUCUUGUAGUUGGCCACCAGGUUUGCACACAUCUCAGGAGGGAUUUUGUCCCACUCCUCUUUAAAGAUCUUCUCCAAGUCAUUAAGGUUUCGAGCCUGACGUUUAGCAACUCGAACCUUCAGCUCCCUCCACAGAUUUUUUAUGGGAUUAAGGUCUGGAGACUGGCUAGGCCACUCCAGGACCUUAAUGUGCUUCUUCUUGAGCCACUCCUUUGUUGCCUUGGCCAUGUUUUUUGGGUCAUUGUCAUGCUGGAAUACCCAUCCACGACCCAUUUUCAAUGCCCUGGCUGAGGGAAGGAGGUUCUCACCCAAGAUUUGACGGUACAUGGCCCCGUCCAUUGUCCGUUUGAUGCGGUGAAGUUGUCCUUUCCCCUUAGCAGAAAAACACCCCCAAAGCAUAAUGUUUCCACCUCCAUGUUUGACGGUAGGGAUGGUGUUCUUGGGGUCAUAGGCAGCAUUCCUCCUCCUCCAAACACGUUGAGUUGAUGCCAAAGAGCUCGAUUUUGGUCUCAUCUGACCACAGCACUUUCACCCAGUUCUCCUCUGAAUCAUUCAGAUGUUCAUUUGCAAACUUCAGUGCUUUCUUGAGCAGGGGGACCUUGCGGGCGCUGCAGGAUUUCAGUCCUUCACGGCGUAGUGUGUUACUAAUUGUUUUCUUGGUGACUAUGGUCCCAGCUGCCUUGAGAUCAUUGACAAGAUCCUCCCGUGUAGUUCUGGGCUGAUUCCUCACCGUUCUCAUGAUCAUUGCAACUCCACGAGGUGAGAUCUUGCAUGGAGCCCCAGGCCGAGGGAGAUUGACAGUUCUUCUGUGUUUCUUCCAUUUGCGAAUAAUCGCACCAACUGUUGUCACCUUCUCACCAAGCUGCUUGGCGAUGGUCUUGUAGCCCAUUCCAGCCUUGUGUAGGUCUACAAUCUUGUCCCUGACAUCCUUGGAGAGCUCUUUGGUCUUGGCCAUGGUGGAGAGUUUGGAAUCUGAUUGAUUGCAGGUGUCUUUUAUACAGGUAACAAACUGAGAUUAGGAGCACUCCCUUUAAGAGUGUGCUCCUAAUAAGUGUGCUCCUAAUCUCAGCUCGUUACCUGUAUAAAAGACAGCUGGGAGCCAGAAAUCUUUCUGUUUGAGAGGGGGUCAAAUACUUAUUUCCCUCAUUAAAUAGCAAAUCAAUUUAUAACAUUUUUGACAUGCGUUUUUCUAGAUUUUUUGUUUGUUAUUCUGUCUCUCACUGUUCAAAUAAACCUAACAUUAAAAUUAUAGACUGAUCAUGUCUUUGUCAGUGGGCAAACGUACAAAAUCAACAGGGGAUCAAAUACUUUUUUCCCUCACUGUAGGUAUUCCUCUUGUCCAGAUGGGAUAGGGCAGUGUGCAUUGUGAUGGCGAUUGCAUCGUCUGUGGAUCUAUUGGGGUGGUAAACAAAUUGAAGUGGGUCUAGGGUGACAGGUAAGGUAGAGGUGAUGUGAUCCUUGGCUAGUCUCUCAAACCACUUCAUGAUGACCAAGGGAGGUCCAAUUGAGCGAUAGUCAUUUAGUUCAGUUACCUUUGCUUUCUUGGGUACAGGAACAAUGGUGGCCAUCUUGAAGCAUGUGGGAACAGCAGACUGGGAAAGGGAGAGAUUGAAUAUGUCCAUAAACACACCAGCCAGCUGGUCUGCGCAUGCUCUGAGGAUGUGGCUAGGGAUGCCGUCUGGGCCCGGCAGCCUUGCGGGGGUUAACAUGCUUAAAUGUCUUAAUCACGUCGGCCACGGAGAAGGAGAGGCCACAGUCCUUGGUAGUGGGCCUCGUCAGUGGCACUGUGUUAUCCUCAAAGCGGGCGAAGAAGGUGUUUAGCUUGUCUGGAAGCGAGACGUCGGUGUCGGCUAGCAACAGCAAGCUAGCUAAAUUGCCAUAAAUGUUUAAUGCUUUUCAACCGGUCUCCAAAUUAAUAUAGUUGGUUUAGAGUUUGUUUUGAUUUUUCAACCUGCGUGUCCUGAUCGCGUCUGGUGUGGGUGGACAAAAUCAACAUGCACAUGCACAACAGCACAUGAUGGCGCACACGGACGCACGCUUGCGAGCGGUCUGGUCAGCAUGUAAUAAAUCCUCAAGCUGCUUGGAAAUUAGCGUCGGGUGUAUGUGUUUCUAUUUUUACUCACACAAAAGACGAAACAUCCUCAUAAGGGACAUCAGCUAAGUGUACCCCGACUGGCCAACAUUGGCGAAGAUUGUGUUGAUUAUCCCCGUUUCCAGUGUGCCCGCCAAGAGGUGAUUGUUUCUCCAAAACAGAGUAAAGACGGCCUCGAGAUCGCACCUUCUUGAGGACAAAGUAACAAGGCUGAUGCGCAUCGCAAGCUGCUCCAAGCAGUUGGACAGUUUUGACUUCCCAACAGCAGCGGCUCACUUUGAGCAGGCCAAGGUCCGCCGCAAACGCAAGUAAAUUAGAGGCAAAUUACAGCCUCCUUAAUUUGAGCUUUGGAAACAAGUGCUUUCAUAAAUGCAUGGCGCGGGCCUCGUUUCACAGGAGCAUUGUAAAAUAAGCUUUCUCUCAAUGAAUCAGACUUAACGAAUUUUGUUUAUUUACAGAUCGAAUUUGAUUGUCCAACAUCAGUUUUAUUUCUUCUUUUUGUGGCCGCCUAGUGUCCUAUUUCCACUGCUGAAUUGCAGUGGGAGUGGGGCGGGCCGGCCUGGUCAUGGCUAGAUUGUAUUUGAAAACAGCUGUUUUGUUAUUUAUUCAUAAUACAUUUCAUACAAAUAUCCUAUAGGACAGGUUGUUCUCAAAUUAUAUUAUACAAAUUUUAUAUUUUGAAGUUGUAUUACGGUGUUGGCGACUUGUUCUUCUGUAGGCAACUUUCUAGGCCUAAUGUUUUUUUUCUUAAAUUGUUUUAAUUUAUGAUUCAUGCCAGGGAUGAAGACACAAUGUUUUUCUUUUCAAAACCUGUCAUGUUGGUAUAAGAACAUUGUUCUACUUUAUUUUAUUACAACGUUACAGGCAAAUGUCUAUUCUGUUAAAAUGAAUUACAAUAAUCUAAAUGUGAUUUCUUUAGCACCUUGAGGGGACGCCCUAGUGCGUUACACACCCAUUGCAUAUGGAUGUCUGGUAAAUUUCUCAAAUGUCCGGUAAAUGAAAACGUUGCCGGUCACGUUGUCCGGUGCCAAAUUUUCUUCACGGAAACCCUGAGUAGGGGGCACUCUUCCCUCUGGUCUAAGGAGAGCCCAAUGUCCCAGGGCAGUGAAGGGGACAUUGCACUGCGUAGGGUGCUGUCUUUUGGAUGGGAUGUUAAAUGGGUGUCCUGACUCUCUGUGAUCAUUUUAAAAAUCCCAUGGCACAUAUCGUAAGAGUAGGGAUGUUAACCCCGGUGUCAUAGCAACAUUCCCAACCCGGCCCCAUUCCAUCAUGGCCACCUAAUUAUCCCCUUUAUUCCUAAUUAGCAUAUCACUCCUCACCUCUGCACCUAAUAGCUCAUGUGUGGCAAGCAUUAAUGGCACAAAAAUGGUCGACCUGCAUCACCCAGGUGGGUGCCGCACAUUGGUGGUGGAUGAAGCGAGUUUCCCCCUACUAUGUAAAGUGCUUUGAGUUCCUCAGUUGGUAGAAAAGUACUAUAUGAAUCCAAUUAGUUAUUAUUAUCAUAUAGGCUACACCUGUACUCUUCUCUCCACACACAGCUCUUGUUGGCCUAGGUGUUACCUAAUAGGUUGACAGUAGCAUGGCAUCCUCUCUGUCACCUUCUCUGUCACUGUCUCAGGCCUUUGGCAACUGUCUGAACUGAAGGUGCCAUGGCGACAUGGCGACACUUGGAUGCCCCAAGUGUGUGUCUGCCCUUGUCUCGUUAUUCGUUAGUGCUUUUCAAAGGACAGAUGCACACAGAGGGGCUCUUUUGAAAGAUCCUUGACCCUGUCUCUGUCAGUUCUAUAAUUACCACACAUGAAUCGAGCCCAAACUAAGUUAGAUCAACUACAGCCAGGCGCAGCUGAGGUGAGAUCAGGUAGGUUCAAAUGUUGACUUGUGAUGAGUUGUGGCUGUCGUAGCCUCAGUUGAACUUUAGUUUUGGAAGUGAUGUUUACUGCUAGCUCACUUUUACUUUUGCUCUGUAGGUGAGCAUGCUGUGUGUUUCUGUCUCCAGAGCAGUGGGAAGAGUUCAGUGCUAGAGGCUCUGGUGGGCAGAGACCUUCUGCCCCGGGGUACUGGCGUCGUCACCCGUCGGCCCCUCAUCCUCCAGCUGGUCCACGUGGACCCAGAGGACCGCAGGAAGACCAGCGAGGAGAAUGGUACUGUGAACACAACACUUAUCACUGCUUUAGGGUUGCAAAAUUCUGGGAAUUUUCCCAAAAGUUCCCAGGUUUUCAGAAACCCUGGUUGGAGGAGCCCCCCCCUCUGCUUAGGCUAUUCCCUUCUAAUUCUGCAUGGGAAUCAUCCAACCAAGGUUUUUGAAAAAGAUGCCUAUGUACCAAUGUUCCCUCCUAAUUUUUUCGGCACUGAGCAAAUUUCAGGUCUGUUGAGUGCAAACUUGAAAGUUGUGAAAAUUCUGUGCAACUUCGAGCGCGCGUUUACUGUGAACACUGAGGCUGUACCCGCUUUAAGUUAGUUUUAACCGUGCCCAAGUAGGCUGCUGUGGCUAUUUGAUCAUAAUGUAGGCCUAUCAGAGUGGCCUACAUUAAAAACAAUGGAGAAAUUCCAUCCCAUAACAUUUUAACAUGGAAACAGCCUACAGUAGCAGCCAAUGUGUGGUGUUCAGUGUAGGCCUACAUUCCAUAAAACCUUUGAAAAAAUACAUGCAGGUCUUAACAUUAACCUGUUUAUCCACUUGUCCUUCAGAUAAGGAGGUGACUGAAAAUGUUGUUGUUUGAUGCAAGAAACCACUUUACCAAAUAAAAUGCAUUAUUAUUCUCAUACCAUUAUUACAGAGAAUCAGACAAAUUAUUCUAUCGUCUGCCUAUUGGCUACUUAGCUGUCUCAAAAUACAACACUGCCCCUUUAAGACAAAAAAGGUCUUUACCUGACACGCUUUUCAAAGAUGUCCAGAAAGGUACAUGUUUUGUGCUCUUGUAGGAAGCAAUCACUCCCCUAUUGCUGACUACAAAUGAUCUAUAACUGGGCUAAUAACUCAUUAACUAGCAAAGGAUAUGAACAAAAUGUGCACAUGUGGCUACAUGCAGCUCUCUCUUUGAUCUCAAAACAAGUGCAUCUGCUCACGACCACUCAUGCUGUAAACACAGUCCAGUUCAACGUAAAUGGCACAGAUCCAUAUAUGGCAAUGGUCAAUUUGCAUAUAGGCCUACUGCAGCUCUGAUUGGUUAUGCCGCACCGGUCUGUGUAGAGUACGGGCUGAGUCGUGUGUGUCAAUGCAAUAGAAUUCUACUCCGAUUCGUUCUGUUUACAACAAAAUCUCUUGCAUAGUUCAUUUUGUUUCGGUAUGUUGCAUUGAAAGUUGCUAAUAUUGCGUUUAUUCGAUCCCAAUUGCCACAGUUGAGGGAUGUUCAAUCUUGUGUUUCUCUCUGUGGGCUGAUAUUUCUUCUGCAUGGCAGUCCACAUGUUGUUGUAGACCUAAGUCCCCCCCCCCUCGUCCCUCAUGUCUACAGAUUCUACUCAAGUUAUAUCUAGAGGCUCCUGAAUAUUAUUACUGAGCCAUUAAGUCACAACAGCGUGCAAUGUCACGUUACUCAAUCUUCAAUGUCAUCCAAGACAUUUGAACACAAAACCAAGCCUAUGCCCUGCUGCUGGGAAUAGCCACACACCGGAUGGAUCAUGACAAAGAGGACUGCAUUGCUGCAGAUGGCGAAUUGGUGCAGGAGCUGCAGCUAGGCUAACUGCUAACCAUUUUCCCCCUGUCAUCUGAUCUCUCCUGAACCACAGACCCCAAUGCCUGGAAAAAGGGGCGCCUUUACAAAGGUCUCCUUUUCAUUGUUUCUCCUUGCCUUUUGUCUGCGUUCAACCAUCCGCUUUUUACUCUAGGCCCUAUCCCUUUCAUUUUGCUCCCCUUCCAUCCUGCCUAUUGUUUUUGUAGCCUCGAUUUAAAGCUGCCAAACUUAGGCUUAGCUUGAUUCAGCAAAUCAAGCCCAACAAGGUCAGUCUCAUGUUUCAGACAAAACACUUGUUUUGUCUGUAUAAGGACAUCCUGUAUAAAAGAUAAACUAUUCUGGAGUGCAUGAUCAGUGUCAACUUUUUCAGAAAUUAUGCGAAGUAUGGCCUUUAAGGGCAAAUGAAGUGUUCUGUUCCAAUUCACGUUCAUUUAAACAUGCUGAAAACAAACACCUCUUAAAAUGUCCUCAAAUAGCUGCUUGUACCGAACUAACAGCUGAUUUGGUUUUCUUAGUUUGGUAGGUAAUUAUUUCAGUUUAAAUAAUCCAACUAAUACAUAGAUUAUUAGUUGAAAAAAUAACUUUGUUGUUUAUGCUCCCCAUUACGCACCAACCAUGUUUUGGCUUGUCUCACAGGCAUAUUUUUGUUGUUGACAAACAAUGUUUCUCACUGUAUUGUUUGUUUGUUCAAAUCUCUGGCCCUAUGCCUCUGGGUGAUUGGUCUGCAGGACGUAUUCCCAUCCCAGCUGAACAAACAAAAAAUUAUUCCUUGAGACAUGACUCAACCCGACCCAAUGACAAUAUCAGCCGGUCCCAAUUCACUCCCCUUCCCCUGGCCCUAACCUUUUCUUUUUCAGAUCUGUAAGAUGUAAAUUAUUUAUUGUUUAUCUACACCAUUCAGAUAUGCAAACAUGGGUUCGGGCCAAGGUAAAGGGGUAGGGAGUGAGUUGGGACCUGCUCUAUAAUCACAACACUGGUCAUUACCACUCCAAAUGACAUCUGCCAGACAGGCUGGGGAAUGUGAAUGACACUGUUUUGUUCCCUUAGGCGUCGAUGGAGAGGAAUGGGGCAAGUUUCUACACACCAAAAACAAGGUAUGUCUCAGUAACCAUUCCUCAGAGCUAGUUUCUCUGUUGGUUCAAAGCCUGCAGGUUGCUGACAAAGUGAGGCACCUCCUCCAACUAUCUGUUCAUCUCAGUGGAGGUCCCUGCCCUUUCACUACUACAAAUAUACAUGCAGCUUAAAUAUUUGAUUGACCUGACCUGAUAUAGACAUGCAUUCAUGCAAAGCAUUGUAUUGAUUUAUUGACUGAAGAUCACUGGAAAAGCUAUAUGGGUUUUGUAGCUUUGUAUGGAGUGUUUGUUUGACAGGAAUCCUAUUUAAAUCACCUCAGGCACACACCCUCUCACAGUCGCAGGCAAAAAAGACACAGGAGUACAGUAGUACUAAUGUCUUCUUGAGGGAAUGGCCCAGAGCAUAAAGUAGAGAUGAGGGAAUAGGGCAGAAUAAACAGUCGAGAUGAGGGAAUAGGGUAGAAUAUACAGUCGAUGAGGGAAUAGCGUAGAAUAUACAGUCGAGAUGAGGAAAUAGGGUAGAAUAUACCGUCGAGAUGAGGGAAUAGGGUAGAAUAUACAGUCGAGAUGAGGGAAUAGGGUAGAAUAUACAGUCGAGAUGAGGGAAUGGGGCAGAAUAUACAGUCGAGAUGAGGGAAUGGGGCAGAAUAUACAGUUGAGAUGAGGCAAUGGGGCAGAAUAUACAGUUGAGAUGAGGCAAUGGGGCAGAAUAUACAGUAGAGAUGAGGGAAUGGGGCAGAAUAUACAGUAGAGAUGAGGGAAUAGGGCAGAAUAUACAGUAGAGAUGAGGGAAUAGGGCAGAAUAUACAGUAGAGAUGAGGGAAUAGGGCAGAAUAUACAGUAGAGAUGAGGGAAUAGGGCAGAAUAUACAGUAGAGAUGAGGGAAUAGGGCAGAAUAUACAGUAGAGAUGAGGGAAUAGGGCAGAAUAUACAGUAGAGAUGAGGGAAUAGGGCAGAAUAUACAGUAGAGAUGAGGGAAUAGGGCAGAAUAUACAGUAGAGAUGAGGGAAUAGGGUAGAAUAUACAGUAGUGCUGAGGGAAUAGGGCAGAAUAUACAGUUGGGUCCAGAUCAUAGUAAAUCACAUUUACGUCAUAUGCAGCUAUAUAAACCGUAAUUUAAUCAUGUGUUAUACCGUGCAGUACCCUUAAAAAAUAUUUUUUUGUUUUUAGAUCUACACAGACUUCGAUGAAAUCAGGCUUGAGAUCGAAGCUGAAACAGAAAGAGUUUCUGGCAAUAACAAGGUAUGUCAACAAUAAAAAGGAUUUGGUGCAAAGGUAGUCCCAAGCAAUGUCAAACAGAUGUUAUCAUUGCCAACUGCUGAACUGACAUUUCUUUGUUUUCUUCCAGGGAAUCACUGACGAGCCCAUUCACCUGAAGAUCUUCUCCCCUCACGUAGUCAACCUCACACUAGUGGAUCUGCCAGGUAUCACAAAGGUACACACAAAGCAAUGUGUUUUUAUUUCAAAUCUAAAUGCUAAUUGAGUUGCGCAAGUGUGAUCGAAUUGGUUUGAACCCGCAACAAUACUUAUUUAGCCAGCUGAGCUAAAGCCUAGGCUUUCACUCCAGGAGCUAACGCAAGUCUUCAGAUCUCAGGCAAGAUUACUCAUCAUGCACUGAACCACCUCUCUUUCCUAGUAUAUUGAGUGAGACAGAAGUAUGGUUUGAAAUAUGAAAUGGGCAGGUAUUAAUUGUGUGUGUGUGCAUGUUCUACCCAGGUCCCGGUGGGAGACCAGCCCAAAGACAUAGAGGUGCAGAUCAAAGACUUGAUCGUGAAGCACAUCUCUAACCCCAACUCUAUCAUCCUGGCUGUGACUGCUGCCAACACAGACAUGGCCACCUCAGAGGCCCUUAAAGUUGCCCGCGAGGUCGACCCCGAUGGUAAACACCUCAAUCUCUUUCUCUUCUUCACUCAGUCUCUGUUUCUCUUUUUUUGUUUUUCUAUGUCUCUCUUCUCUUUGUGUGCGACUGUCUCUCUCUCUGCCUGUCUCUUUGCCUCUAUGUCCUCUCUCCCACACUCUCCCUCUCUCUCGCUCUGUCUCUAUCUGUUAACCUCAACUAUCUGUCACCUGCAGUGGUUUCCUCUGAUCCUUAUAUCAGACACGCCAUGGCAUACACCGCCUUUCAAAAACUCUUGAUUACCUGGAAGUUGGCCCAUGAGUUUUUCCUGACCAUCUCACCUGACCAGGAAAACUCUAGCCUCUAGUUAUAGGCUAAACUCCUGGCCCUAUUUGGAGGUUAUUAUGGCUUUGGAUCUGGUCCCAUAUCCAUAAAGCAUCUCAGAGUAAGAUAGACGACCUAGGAUCUGUUUUGCCUUUCAGAUAAUAAUGAAUAUGAUUUUAUGGACAGGGGGGACCUGAUCCUAGAUCAGCACCUCUACCCUGAUACGCUUUAUGAGUAUGGGUUCUGGGGUUUGUGUCACUGUGUGUAGGCAGGAGGACGUUAGCGGUGGUGACCAAACUGGACCUGAUGGAUGCUGGGACUGAUGCCAUGGACGUUCUGAUGGGCCGGGUCAUCCCUGUUAAACUUGGCCUCAUUGGCGUGGUCAACAGGUCUGCACCAUGACACAAUAAUCUUCAGUCUCUAACAUGUUGAAUAUAGCAAGGGUUCAGCCCUAUGGAAAAUCCAGUAUGUAAGGGUGUUAUCAAAGGAUGUUAGAAGCCAACAGUCACUUAGGAUCAAAAUGGAAAAAGGGCCAGCAUUCCUUAAGUUUUGUUAGGAUUUUUCAUUUAGCACUCUCUUAUCCAGAGCGACUUAGAGUUAGUACAUUCAUCUUAAGAUGGCUAUGUGGGACAACCACAUAUCUCCGUCAUAGUAAGUACAUUUUUCCUCAAAGUAGCUAUCGUCAAAGUCAGUGCUGGGGGGGGGGGGGGGGGGGGGGGAGUCAAGUGUGAAUGUUAGUUCACGAAAGUGGGCUGCGGCGUUCUGGAUAAGUUGCAGGGGUUUGAUGGCACUAGCGGGGAGCCCAACCAACAGUGAGUUGCAGUAGUCCAGACGUACCUGGAUUAGGACCUGCUCCGCUUCCUGUGUGAGGUAGGGUCGUACUCUACGGAUGUUGUAGAGCAUAAACCUGCAGGAGCGAGUCACUGCUUUGAUAUUUGCAGAGAACGACAGGGUGUUGUCCAGGAAAACGGCAAAGUUAUUUGCACUCUCCGUGAUGGACAGGUCUUGGAGCAGGCAGGCCUUCCACGGGAGGAACAGCAGCUCCAUCUUGUCGAGGUUGAGCUUGAGGUGGUGGGCCGACAUCCAAGCUGAGAUAUCUGCAAGGCACGCAGAGAUGUGUCACCACCUGGGUGUCAGAAGGGGGGGAGGAGAAAAGUAGUUGAGUGUCAUCUGUAUAGCAAUGAUAGGAUAGAUAAUGUGAGAAUAUGACCGAGCCUAGUGACUUGGUCUAUAGGGAGAACCCAGUAGUGAGAACACGUGGUGCAGACAAAGAUCCUAUCAACGUCACCUGGUAGGAGCGGCCUGCCAGUUAGGAGAUGCAGAGCCUGAGACGGCCCAGCCCGUGACAGGGUGGAGAGGAGGAUCUGAUGGUUCACUGUGUCGAAGGAAGUUAAUAGAUUUAGGAGGAUGAGAACAGAGGAGCGAGAGUGAGCUUUGGCAGUGUGGAGAGCCUCCAUGACACGGAGCAGAGCAGUCUCCGUUGAGUGACCCGUCUUGAGGCCUGAGUGGUUAGGGUCAAGAUGAUCGUUCUGCGAGGGAGUUGGAGAGACAGCAUGCUUAAGUGUUUUGGAAAGAAAAGAAAGAAGGGAUACCGGUCUGUUGUUUUUUUUGGACGUCGGAGGGGUCGAGUGUUGGUUUCUUGAGAAGGGGAGCGACUCUGGGCAUUUUGAAGUCUGAGGGGGAUGAGUUGCCGGUGGUCAGGGAUGAGGAAUGGGAAAGAUGGUCUGGAGGAGGGGAUGGGGUCGAACGGGCAGGUUGUCGGGUGGCUGGUCAUCACUAGUUGCAGUAAUUAAUCUAGAGAGAGGGGGAUAAAGAAGUUAACGUAGGGUAGUUCUGUGUGAGUGGGACCAGUGGACUCAAUAGGCGGAGUGAAUGAGGAGCUGAUGUCGUCAACUUUCUUUUCAAAGGUAGUAAAAUAACCUAUCCUUCAUUACUUUUUCCAGGAGUCAGCUGGACAUCAACAAUAAGAAGACAGUGGCCGACGCCAUCCGUGAUGAAUAUGCCUUCCUACAGAAGAAGUACCCCUCUCUCGCCAACAGAAACGGAACCAAAUACCUGGCUAGAACAUUGAACAGGUAUGAGCAAUGUUCCCUCUAAAUUUUUUUGGCACUUAGCAAAUUUCAGGUCUGCUGAGUGCAAACUGGAAUGUUGUGCAACUUCCAGCACGCGUUUACUGUGAACACUGAGGUUGUACCCGCUUUAAGUUAGUUUUAACAGUGGCCAUGUAGGCUGCUGUGGCUGUUUGAUCAUAAUGUAGGCCUACCAGAGUGGCCUACCAUCACAAACAAUGGAGAAAAUCCAUUUUCUGUUUUGUUUUAGGGUAUUAUUAUUAUUAUUAUUAUUAUUAUUAUUAUUAUUAUUUUAUUUUUUUUACCCCCAUUUUCGCCCCAAUUUCGAUCUUGUCUCAUCGCCACAACUCCCCAACGGGCUCGGGAGGCGAAGGUCGAGUCAUACGUCCUCCGAAACAUGACCCGCCAAACCGCGCUUCUUAACACCCGCCCGCUUAACCCGGAAGCCAGCUGCAUCAAUGUGUCAGGAGGAAACACUGUUCAACUGACGACCGAGGUCAGCCUGCAGGCGCGCGGUCCGCCACAAGGAGUCGCUAGAGCGCGAUUAGCCAUGUAAAGCCCACCCGGCCAAACCCUCCCUUAACCCGGGCGAAGCUGGGCCAAUUGUGUGCCGCCUUAUGGGACUCCCGAUCACGGCCGGUUGUUAUACAGCCCGGACAUCCCAUAACAUUUUAACAUGGAAAUAGCUGUUCUAUCAUUCAGCCUACAGUAGCAGCCAAUGUGUGGUGUUCAAUGUAGGCCUACAGUCCAUAAAACUUUUGAAAAAUACAUGCAGGGCUUGACAUUAACCUGUUCAUCCACUUGUCCUUCAGACAAGGAGGUGACUGCUAAAAUGUUGUAGUUUGAUGCAAUAAACCACUUUACAAAAUAAAAUGCAUUAUUAUUCCCAUACCAUUAUUACAGAGAAUCAGACAAAUUAUGCCUGUCUCAAAAUACAACCCUGCUUGUUUAACCUCUUAAGGAUCAGACACUUUUUUCCAAUUUUCGACUAAAAUGUCAUACCCAAAUCUAACUGCCUGUAGCUCAGGACCUGAAGCAAGGAUUUUUUUAAAUGUUUGUAAUCUUUAUUUAACUAGGCAAGUCAGUUAAGAACAAAUUCUUAUUUACAAUGACGGCCUACACCGGCCAAACCCGGACGACGCUGGGCCAAUUGUGCGCUGCCCUAUGGGACUCCCAAUCACGGCCGGUUGUGAUACAGCCUGGAAUCGAACCAAGGGGUCUGUAGUGACGCCUCAAGCACUGAGAUGCAGUGCCUUAGACCGCUACGCCACUCGGGAGCCCAUGCAUAUUCUUGAUACCAUUUGAAAGGAAACACUUUGAAGUUUGUGGAAAUGUGAAAUUAAUGUAAGAGAAUAUAACACAUAUCUGGUAAAAGAAAAUACAUGGGUUUUUAUGUUUUUGUUUUUUUUGUUCCAUCUUUGAAAUGCAAGAGAAAGGCCACAAUAUAAUAUUGCAGUUUAGGCGCAAUUUAGAUUUUGGCCACAAGAUGGCAGCAGUGUGUGUGCAAAGUUUCAGAUUGAUCCAGUGAAGCAUUGCAAUACUGGACUAUUUUGUAUCAAGUCUGCCCAAAUGUGCCGAAUUGGUCAAUUGAUACAUUUUCAAGUACAUAACUAUAGAGAACAUACAAAAAGGAUAUGGUAAUACAAAAUGUAAGUUUACACACUCCCAGCAAUAUCAUACAUGAUGGAUCAUUAGUUUAUACACUAACUUUCACACAUCUAGAUGGCCGGGCGUGGUGGGUGUGGAGCCAGAGACGGCAGGGGUUCAAAUUGUAGAACCCAGUUCCUACAUUUGAAUAUAAAAAUUGAUUUUAUCAAACAAAACUAUGCUACAUUUUAUCUAUGGGACUCUUAGGAUUACAAAUCAGAGCAAGAUUACUGAAUGUAAGUACAUUAUUUACCUUCAGAGGUGAAUGUAUCAAACCAGUUGCCGUGAUACGUUUUUUGUUGUUGUGCACUCUCCACAAACAAUAGCAUGAUAUUUUUUCACUGUAAUAGCUACUGUAAAUUGGACAGUGCGGUUAGAUUAAUUAGAAUUUAAGGUUUCUGCCCAUAUAAGACAUGUCUAUGUCCUGGAAAGUUUGCUGUUACUUACAACAGUCAUGCUAAUCACAUUAGCGCACGUUAGCUUAACCGUCCCGUAUACGGGACACCGAUCACGUAGAGGUUAAUUAAGACAAAAAAGAAAGCCCUUUACCUGACAUACUUUUCCAAGAUGUCUAGAAAUGUACAUGUUUUGUACUCUUGUAGGAAGCAAUCACUCCCCUAUUGCUGACUACAAAUGAUCUAUAACUGGGCUAAUAACUCACUAACUAGCAAAGGAUAUGAACAAAAUGUGCACACGUGGCUACAUGCAGCUCUUGCUUUGAUCUCAAAACAAGCGCAUCUACUCACGACCACAGCUGUAAACACAGUCCAGUUCAAAGUAAAUGGCACAGGUCCAUAUAUGGCAAUUGUCUAUUUGCAUAUAGGCCUAUGCAGCUCUGAUUGGUUAUACAACCACGGUCUGUGUAGAGUACGGGCUGAGUCGUGCUGCAAUAGAAUACUACUCUGACGCGUUCUGCCUACAGCAAAAUCUCUUGCAUAGUUCGUUUUGUUUCCUUAUUUUUCAUUGAAAGUGGCUAAUAUUGCAUUGAUUCGAUCACAAUUGCCACAGUAAAGGGAAACGUUGAUAGUGUUAACUAACAGCGAAACCUAUAGAAAGUUGAGGAAAGUUCAAUCUGCGCGGCAGUCUUGGGGCUACUGCACGCACGCGCGCAGCUUAGAAGGAACAUUGUGUAUGAGGAAAAAAUAGAUAUAUUAGGCAUACAAGGCCUCAACAGAAGUGUACUUUUGAGGUUUGAAAACAUCUGGCCGACUAUGAUUUUAGAGUGUAAUGUCACUCUAGAAACUAGCAACUAUCAUGUUGUCUGUUACCUUUUCUCUCUUUUCUCCUUCUCCUUGAUGCCAGGUUGUUGAUGCACCACAUCAGAGACUGUCUCCCGGAGCUAAAGACUCGUAUCAACGUUCUGGCGGCCCAGUACCAGUCCCUGCUAAGCAGCUAUGGUGAACCUGUAGAAGACCAGAGCUCCACACUGCUCCAGCUCAUCACAAAGUUUGCUGCAGAGUACUGCCACACCAUCGAGGGCACCGCCAAGUACAUAGAGACAACCGAGCUGUGAGUAACUUCUUCUUUCACUUGAAGGUCCAAUGUAGCUGUUUUUCUCUAUCAAAUAAUUUCUGGGUAACAAUUUCAGUACCUUUCAGUUAUUUUUUUAAUUGUCAAAAUUAAAUAGAAAUAGCUUCUUAGCAAAGGGCAAUUUCUAAAGCAAUAAUUUGGCUAGGACUGUCUGGGAGUGGUCUGAGUGGGAAAGGGAAAAUUAGCUCAUAUUGGCAGAGAGGUUUGGAACUCUGUCUUAUUGAUCUAUUAACUAAUUUACCACCUAGUGAUGUCACCAUGGAAGGCCAAAACUCCAUCCCACCAAACAGGCUGACAUUUCAGGCGGUCUUUUCAAACAGCUCUUACGCUAAAGGCAUAAUCAUUUUCAAAAUUUCAAGGAAAUAUAUAGAGAACACAGGAAAAUCACAUUCAUGACUGCACUGGGCCUUUAAAUAAAGUGUGAAAUCCUACUCUUUAGUAUUUUUUCAUUUAUUUGAAGAGAUUGACAGGAAGGAUGGAGAACCUUUUUCAAACAUCCUUGUACUUCUACUAGUUACCAGAAGGGGGCAUACAAAUUGAGCAUCACAAGUCAACCAAUUGGAAGCUUUUGCAGUCUAAUGUAGUGGGUAGAUUAAAUGGGCUAAAUUAAGUAGGUUACUACAUUGAUCACAAAUGUCAAACAUUUUGUUGCAUGUAUAUGUAACAGUGGACAUUCUCUUUCAGGUGUGGUGGAGCACGAAUCUGUUAUAUUUUCCAUGAGACUUUUGGUCGGACGCUGGAGUCAGUGGACCCUCUAGGAGGUCUGACCACCAUAGAUGUGCUAACAGCUAUUAGAAAUGCUACGGUGAGUGUGCAAUGCUAUAUACUGUAUGGAUGUGCGCUACUAUACUGAACAAAAAUAUAAAUGCAACAUGUAAAGUGUUGAUCCCAUGAUUCAUGAGCUGAAAUGAAAGAUCCCAGAAAUGUUCCAUACACACAAAAAGCUUAUUUCUCUCAAAUGUUGUGCAGAAAUUUGUUUACAUCCCUGUUAGUGAGCAUUUAUCCUUUGCCAAAAUAACCCAUCCACCUGACAGAUGUGGCAUAUCAAGAAGCUGAUUGAACAGCACGAUCAUUACACAGGUGAACCUUGUGCUGGGGACAAUAAAAGGCAAUCUAAAUUGUGCAGUUUUGUCACACAGUGCCACAGAUGUCUUAAGUUUUGAGAGAGUGUGCAAUUGGCAUGCUGACUGCAGGAAUGUCCACCAGCGCUGUUGCCAGAUAAUUUAAUGUUAAUUUCCAACGUCGUUUUAGAGAAUUUGGCAGUACGUCCAACCGGCCUCACAACCGCAGACCACGUGUAACCACGCCUGCCCAGGACUGCCACAUCCGGCUUCUUCACCUGCGGGAUCGUCUGAGACCAGCCAUCCGGACAGCUGAUGAAACUGAGGAGUAUUUCUGUCUGUAAUAAAGCCCUUUUGUGGGGAAAAACCCCAUUCUGAUUGGCUGGGCCUGGCUCCCCAGUGGGUGGGCCUAUUCCCUCCCAGGCCCACCCAUGGCUGCGCCCCAACCCAGUCAUGUGAAAUCCAUAGAUUAGGGCCUAAUGAAUUUAUAUGAACUGUAUCUCAGUAAAAUCAUUGAAAUUGUUGCAUGUUGCGUUUUUUAUAUUUUUGUUCAGUAUAUAUAUCUAUACAGGCUCACAUUGGGCUGUAUGUUUGUUGCGGAGUAGAAUGAUGGAAUGUUGAGUUUUUUGAUAAUCAGUUUGAUAUGUGUUUUCGUUUCUUUGAGAUUGGAAAAGAAGAACUUUAUCGACCUCAUGAUUUAUUGUGAGUUGAGAUGAGUUGCAUGUUAGCCAGAGAGGCUGUUGGCUAAUGUAGUCUCUCUCUGUCUGUCUCUGUGUGUGUAUGUAGGGCCCGCGGCCUGCCCUGUUUGUGCCUGAGGUGUCGUUUGAGCUGCUAGUGAAGAGACAGGUGAAGAGACUGGAGGAGCCCAGUCUGCGCUGUGUAGAGCUUGUCCACGAGGAGAUGCAGAGGAUCAUCCAGCACUGCUCCAACUACAGCACACAGGUAGACUAGAGAGAGAGACACACACACACACACACACACACACACACACACACGCACACACACACAGCAACUACAGCACACAGGUAGGCUGUUCAUACACACAUUCACAUCAACAACACUUGCUUUGACUCUUGACAUCUGGCCACAGUCACUGAUGAGUGUUGUAUCUCUCUCUCUCUCCAGGAGCUGUUGAGGUUUCCAAAGCUCCAUGAUGCCAUAGUAGAAGUGGUCACGUCCCUCCUCAGGAAACGGUUACCGGUCACCAAUGAGAUGGUGAGCAUUUUUUUGGUUACACUUAACAUUCAUCAGUAAUCCAUUUUAAAUGCUAUCUGCUCCACUUGUAGUAUGUUUGCUUAUCUUUAGUGUACUAAUUCCAACUCCUCCUCAGGUUCACAACCUGGUGGCCAUAGAGUUGGCCUAUAUUAACACCAAGCACCCUGACUUUGCUGAUGCCUGUGGCCUCAUGAACAACAACAUAGAGGUAAGAAACGUUCACAGCUUUAGAAAUUGCUUUAUUCUGUAUUUUCUAACUUUCUUAAAUAGUACAUGAAGUGUUGUAAUUAAUUAGUAGUAAUGGUUAUCUCCUAGGAACAAAGACGCAACAGAAUGAGAGAGCUUCCCUCUUCAGUUCCCAGGGAAAAGGUAACAUAACACACUCAAGACUCUCCCUCUUUCAAUGUGCUUUUGAUUUGUUUAAUUGCUACAAAAACGGUUUCUUUACUGCUCCAAGUGAAGAUCUCGACCUUUUACAGCAGAGAUAUAAGCCAUAUGCUGUUUUUUCCACACCAGACUGUCGCAGCUCAUUCAGUAAGGGCUUUUCUUCCGUUGCUAUGCUUUUUAGGUUCCUAUUUCGAACUCUGUCCACUCUUCCUUCUCUCUGCUCUCUCUUUCUCUCUGUCCCUCUCUCUCUAGUCCUUUAAGGGCCCAGGAGGUCAGUCUCUCUCCCCCACUGAGCUUCCUCCCCCCGAGGGAGAGGGACCCAAGGUGUGUCCCUGUGUGUCACUGACCCUCCCAAUGCCUGCACGGCCCUGCCUGCAUCCUACCUCAACCAGGAUUGGGGUCAAUUCCAUUUCAGUUCAGGAAGUUAACUAAAAUUCCUGUUUUCAUUAGUUCCUUAAAAUGUCAGUUCAUUUCAUGAAUUGACUGAAUUGCAAUGGACUUUCCACUGACCCACCCCCACCCUCAUACUCCCCUCUGCAACCCUGUAGACCAGGGGUGUCAAACUCAUUUUAGCUCAGGGGCCACAUGGAGGAAAAUCUAUUCCCAAGUGGGCCGGACCGGAAAAAUCAUGGUAUAUAUAACUUAACAACAACUUCAGAUUGUUUUCUUUGUUUUAAUACGAUCAACAUACAACAUAAAGCUGGAGCCUGAGGACAGUGUGUCCAAAAUAGUACAAGCACAACAUCACUAUUAAUCAUAAAACACGUCAAGUUUAUUUGAAAAUUCUAAAGAAAAAGAACACACAAACACACAAUGCCUCAGUGAUUAACAGAACUGUUUCACAGAUCACAGAACUAUAUCAGGGUGUCAUUUCUCAGGCAGAAAUGUAGAUACAAAUAAUGAAAUCCUGUUCCCCAAACAAGUGCAAGAACCACAGAGUCAAGAAUAGGUUAAAUAUACAAAUCAAAUCAAUUAAAAACAAUAGCACAUCAACAUAAAAACAUAUAAACAUAAAUCUGAAAGCGUUGCUCAAACUCCCGUAACAGUCCCGUUAUUUUAUCUUUGAACCGCUUCAUGUCUGCCACAUGUUGGGUCGCGCACACAUUUUUCAGACAGGGGAAGUGAGCUGCAUCACCACCGGCAAGUUGCGUCUCCCACAAUGACAGCUUCAACUUGAAAGAACGUAUGCUGUCAUAAUACUGCCUGACAACUUUGUUGCGCCCUUGCAGCUGUUUGUUCAAGUUAUUCAGGUGCUCUGUAACAUCCACCAUAAAUGCAAGGUCCGGCAUCCAUUCUGCGGAAUGAAAUUCUAACACUGGUUUGCCCUUUUCUUCCAUGAACUGUUCAAUUUCUUCUCGUAAAUCAAAGAAACGCCUCAGCACAGCACCUCGGCUUAACCAUCUUACCUCAGUGUGGUAUGGCAGGCCAUAGAUGUGGUCUUUCUCUCUGAGAAGGCUGUCAAACUGACGGUGAUUCAGGCUUCUGGAUCGGAUGAAAUUAACAGUUUGGAUGACCACCUUCAUGACGUUAUCCAUCUUUAAUGACUUGCAACACAAAGCCUCCUGGUGCAAAAUACAGUGAAAAGUCAAAAAAUCACGUCCUCCAUUUGCAGAUUGCACUUUCUCUCUGAACUUUGUCACAACGCCUGCUUUUUUCCCGAUCAUUGAGGGCGCACCAUUUGUAGCCAGGCUGACAGCGCGGGACCAGUCCACUCCGACCCUGUCCAGUGCGCCGACGAGUGCGGUAAAAAUAUCAGCUGCUGUCGUUGUAUCUGUCAUCGGCACCAACUCCACGAACUCCUCGGUGACGGUCAAUGUGUCAUCAACUCCGCGGAUGAAAAUGGCCAGUUGUGCAACAUAUGUAAUGUCCGUGCUUUCAUCAAUUGCAACCGAAAACGCAAUAAAUGACUUUACUUUUUGCUUCAACUGGCUGUCCAAAUCCACUGAAAGAUCGGAAAUCCUGUCUGCAACUGUGUUUCUUGUCAGGCUGAUAUUUGCAAAAGCCUGCCGCUUUUCAGGGCACACAAUCUCCGCUGCCUUCAUCAUGCAUGUUUUUACAAAUUCACCCUCACUAAAUGGUUUUGAAGCCACUGCGAUUUCAUUAGCAAUGAGGUAGCUAGCUUUCACUGCAGCGUCACUGAUGUCUCGGCUGUGAGUAAACACAGACUGCUGUUUCUUCAGACCCGCCAACAGUUCAUUCACCUUCUCUCAUCUCCGCUGUCCUUGAAAGUUGUCAUAUUUGUCGGCAUGAAGACUCACAUAGUGGCGACGAAGGUUAUAUUCUUUCAGCACUGCAACAUGCUCUGAACACACCAAACAUACAGCUUUCCCAUUCAAUUCCGUGAAUAAAUAGGAUGACCAUUUUUCUUGGAACACUCUGCACUCUGCGUCCACUUUUCUCUUUUUUGACAGAGACAUAUUGGGGCAAUGAGGGUGCCAAAGCACAUAAUGUUAAAAGUAGAAGCCGUAAUAAAUAUUGCGGGCAAAACAAAGUAGCUCAUUGGCUGCACGUGCUUGACCUACUUGCUCUGCCCCGGUAUAAACAGUUUGCUUGCUUAACACAAUUGCUAUUGCGCCAUCCAGUGGACGCAAUUGCAACAGCAGUUUAUUUUAUUGAAAAAUUGCAGCGCAUUUUUAUACUUUACAAUUUUUAAAUCAUCUCGUGGGCCGGAUUAAACCCGUUUGUGGGCCUGAUCCGGCCCGCGGGCCGGACGUUUGACACCCCUGCUGUAGACGAUCCUACUUUGUGUAGGCUGCUAUUCUGAAUUCCCCUUAUCUGUUCCCUUUCAAUGUCCCACAUAUGUAUUUUAAUAAAUUGAUGAGCCCCCACCCGAACUAACUCCACCCCCUGAGGAUGAACUUUGACUCUGUCAUUACAUUUCCCAUCUAACACCUCUUGCUUGACCUGUGCUUCUGUACAGAGGAAGGGUCCUGAAGUGAAAUCUUUGUACAAUAUGACCCUGCCACUGUCAGAAUGGUAUCUACAGACAUGACUGAAUAGUCUGUAGAUGUUACAUCAUACAAGCCUAGGUGAUGUAAUAGCCAUGACAGAAGCAUGCUCCAUCUUUGGGAAUAAAUUGUAACGAGCAUAUCGAUUGUUGCUGUCAACAGUUCUCUCUUGUAAAAUAGAUUUUUAAUCUCAGGGAGACAACUGUAUGAAUAAAGGAUGAAUCAAUAAAAAUGAAUAAACCACUAGACAUGAUCUCUAAACAUUCUGUCUGUGUCUACUGCCUGUGUUUCCAGACUGCAGGUGGGGGUCCCCAGGGGGACCAGGAUGGAGGGACAGGGAACUGGAGGGGCAUGCUGAAGGAGGGGAUGGGUGGAGAUAAGUCCAUGCUCCAGACCUCCAACCCUGCCAGCCCUCAGAGGGGCCACGCUGUCAACCUGCUGGAUGUGGUGAGUCAUCUAUGCUAGUCAGAUACUCAGUCCCAAUUCUAUCACUAAACCGUUGAUGUUUGCAGAACUGUGAUCUUGGUUAACCCAGAACUAAAGUCUCACGUAGUUGGUCAGCUGCUCGAUUUAAGUUCUGGGUCCAACACGUGUUAAGAGAAGGGAUGAAGAGAUGCUAGAAUGAGGAGCGGAACCCUCUCUAUUUGCAAAUUAUGGGCCGAAUGUCUCCUCCCCGUCCGAAAAUAGAAAGAUGCCAAAACCUGCGAAAUCAUGAUUUCACCAAAUAACCAGUGACGAAAAACACGAACUACUGCUGCUCUUUAUCCUAUGCAUUCCAUUCCUUACCGACAGAUUCUAGAAUACCAGUUAUGUUGACGUAGAUCUGUCCACAAGAGAUGAGCAGAACUGGGAAGUGUAAGCAAUUCAUAUUGUGGAAACUUCCCACUACACUGCUUAUGCCUAUCCAGCGCCUUCAGAUUUGCAAACAUUGAAGGGUUAGGGCAAACAUUGAAUGGGACUAACUACUGCUCGAAGUCAAAACAAGUUCCAUACCACCACAUGUUAAUGACUUCUGAGAUGUAGCAUGUCAGUGAUUGGUCUGUUUGACUCUGUGUAUCCCCCAGCCUGUUCCCGUUUCCAGGAAGCUGUCGUCCCGAGAGCAGAGGGACUGUGAGGUCAUCGAGAGGCUCAUCAAGUCCUACUUCCUCAUCGUCAGGAAAAACAUCCAGGACAGGUAUGGCGCUUCUCUGCUUUACUUGCUGUUGUUAGACUCCCUCUCCUGUGGCUUCUGUAAGAUUUCUCUCUGUGUUUCAUUCUCCUUUCUAUUUGGUUCCAUCUCGUUUGCUUACAAAUCAUCUGUUGUCUCCUCCUCUUCACCUCUUUUUUUUCCCCCCAUCCACCUUUUUCCAUACGUCGCUCUCCCUUUGCACUCCCUCCCUGCAGUGUGCCCAAGGCAGUGAUGCACUUCUUAGUGAACCAUGUGAAAGACAGCCUGCAGAGUGAGCUGGUGGGCCAGCUGUAUAAGGCAGGGCUGUUGGAUGACCUGCUCACUGAGUCUGAAGACAUGGCCCAGAGACGCAAUGAGGCUGCAGACAUGCUCAAGGUAGUGUGUGUGUGUGUGUGUGUGUGUGUGUGUGUGUGUGCGCACAUACUAUUUGUAUCUAUAUGAAUGUUUUGACCCCCUUUCCACCCUGUGUCCACAGGCCUUGCAGAAAGCCAGUCAGGUGAUUGCUGAAAUCAGAGAAACACACCUGUGGUGAGGGCCUCUACCUCCCACAUGGACACUAUGCCCUAAACCCUUCCCCCUAAGCCCUAUUCUCUCAAACCUACCUGGACUGCAGAGACGGCCAACUUGAAAAUGCACUGGUGUCAAUUUGUGUUUUAUAGCGUCUCUAUUAUCAGUGCACUUGCACACUCCCUGUCUUGGAUUUAAAGCAUUUGAUUAGUGUAAGCAUUGGCAGGAGGGAGCUUCCCCCAUUGUUAAUUCCAUGACAGGGAGUGUAGAAGUGCACACUUCUGGAGAAGAGUGGAGAAUCGGGAGGUACAUUUUGAAUAUAGUUUUAUGAUGUACAGUUGAAGUCGGACGUUUACAUACACCUUCGCCAAAUACAUUUCAACUCAGUUUUUUCACAAUUCCUGACAUUUAAUCCUAGUAAAAAUUCCCUGUCUUAGGUCAGUUAGGAUCACCACUUUAUUUUAAGAAUGUGAAAUGUCAGAAUAAUAGUAGAGAUAAUUAUUUAUUUCAGCUUUUCUUUCAUCACAUUCCCAGUGGGUCAGAAGUUUACAUACACUCAAUUAGUAUUUGGUAGCAUUGUCUUUAAAUUGUUUAACUUGGGUCAAACGUUUCGGGUAGCCUUCCACAAGCUUCCCACAGUGGCCUCCUUGCUCGCACACCCUUUUUCAGUUCUGCCCACAGAUAUUCUAUAGGAUUGAGGUCAGGGCUUUGUGAUGGCCACUCCAAUACCUUCACUUUGUUGCCCUUAAGCCAUUUUGCCACAACUUUGGAAGAAUGCUUGGGGUCAUUGUCCAUUUGGAAGACCCAUUUGCGACCAAGCUUGAACUUCCUGACUGAUAUCUUGAGAUGUUGCUUCAAUAUAUCCACAUAAUUUUCCUUCCUCAUGAUGCAAUCUAUUUUGUGAAGUGCACCAGUCCCUCCUGCAGAAAAGCACCCCCACAGCAUGAUGCUGCCACCCCCGUGCUUCACGGUUGGGAUGGUGUUCUUCGGCUUGCAAGCAUCCCCCUUUUUCCUCCAAACAUAACGAUGGUCAUUAUGGCCAAACAGUUCUAUUUUUGUUUCAUCAGACCAGAGGACAUUUCUCCAAAAAGUAUGAUCUUUGUCCCCAUGUGCAGUUGCAAACCGUAGUCUGGCUUUUUUAUGGUGGUUUUGGAGCAGUGACUUCUUCCUUGCUGAGUGUCCUUUCAGGUUAUGUAAAUAUAGGACUCGUUUUACUGUGGAUAGAGAUACUUUGUACCUGUUUCCUCCAGCAUCUUCACAAGGUCCUUUGCUGUUGUUCUGGGAUUGAUUUGCACUUUUUGCACCAAGUACGUUCAUCUCUAGGAGACAGAACGCGUCUCCUUCUUGAGCGGUAUGACUGCUGCGUUGUCCCAUGGUGUUUAUACUUGCAUACUAUUGUUUGUACAAAUGAAUGUGGUACCUUCAGGUGUUUGGAAAUUGCUCCCAUGGAUGAACCAGACUUGUGGAGGUCUUGGCUGAUUUCUUUUGAUUUUCCCAUGAUGUCAAGCAAAGAGGCACUGAGUUUGAAGGUAGGCCUUGAAAUACAUCCACAGGUACACCUCCAAUUGACUCAAAUUAUGUCAAUUAGCCUAUCAGAAGCUUCUAAAGCCAUGACAUCAUUUUCUGGAAUUUUCCAAGCUGUUUAAAGGCACAGUCAACUUAGUGUAUGUAAACUUCUGACCCACUGGAAUUGUGAUACAGUGAAUUAUAAGUGAAAUAAUCUGUUUGUAAACAAUUGUUGGAAAAAUUACUUGUCAUGCACAAAGUAGAUGUCCUAACCGACUUGCCAAAACUAUAGUUUGUUAUAGAAAAAUGGUGGAGUGGUUGAAAAACUAGUUUUAAUGACUCCAACCUAAGUGUAUGUAAACUUCCGACUUCAACUGUAUUAUACAGACUUGAACUACACGAAGGGCAGUACAUACGUCUUUGCCUGCACCACACACAAAACACACACACACAGGAGCGCUCCUGUCCAAAUGAUAUCUUUCAUAUGUAAGUACAGUAUAUAUCAUGUAAGGUGUGAGGCAUACCUAAUGAAGAAUGUUUGUCCCUAAAUGUAGAGUUAAAAUAAAGCUAGAAAUGGCAAACCGUAUAUAUGUUUACUGUAGUCUCUGGCUUGCUGGAUGCUGCGUUUUAAAUGCUGUCUGUUUGAUCAUGGUUACCUAUCUAGUGUCUCUCUGUCAAUGCUACUGUUGAAAAUGUCAUGCAGUUCUUGACACACUCAAACCAGUGUGCCUGGCACCUACCAUACCCGGUUCAAAGGCACUUCAAUCUUUUGUCUUCCCAUACACCCUCUGAACGGCACACACACAAUCCAUGUCUCAGCUUAAAAAUCCUUCUUUAACCUGUCACCUUCCCUUCAUCCACACUAAUUGAAGUGUAUUUAACAAGUGACAUCAAUAAGGGAUCAUAGCUUUCAUUUGGUCAGUCUUUGUAAUGAACAGAGCAGGUGUUCCUAAUGUUCUGUACACUGUGUGUGGUAAAACACCAGCUGGUAGAGACACAUUACAUUUCUUGUUAAAGAGAUUCUCUGGUACUUUUGUAUACUUUUUAGCCAGUAGUUCUGAAAGUAGCACUGAGCCAAAAGUGGUCCCCCAAAAAUUGCGUACUACGUAGAGCUGGGCAGUAUGGACAAAAAAGGUCAAUGUUGUGAUAAAUUGCCUGAAUUGAUGCAAUAACGAUAAAUAGAAUGAUAUGUUUAUAGCAAUGUGCACAAGUUUUUUUUUUUUUUUUGUUAUCCUUUAAACUUCUAGUUUGUUGCAGCCAUCAAUUGUCCCAUUAACAAUCACCCAUAUUGGUAAACUUAUUUCAUUUCAAACAUGACAUUUAUCUAGUAUAGGCUACUUAAUUAACAAUAUCAGCAAAAGGCCUGCGAUAAGUGAUCGGUAUGGUCGGAGUCGUUCAUUUUUGCUUUAUCGUCCCAGCUCUAGUACAAUUUCACCACAUCAUUGCUCUCUCUCUCUCUCUCUCUGCUGUGUCCACUGAGCCGUUGGCACCCAACAACCUCAUUGGAUAACGCUGGGCAGGCCUCUUGCCAGCUAGAACUCUAAUUGCUGCAGGGCUGGCCCACGUGGGGGGAAAUGGUGUGGCACAGCUUUAAGAAAGUCGCUUUCAAACUAGGGAUUUCGUGGCUAAUUGAGGUAAGACAUCUAUGAGCAGAAUGACUGUAUGAACUACACAUUGACACAUCCAGCCCAAAGCGGGAGGUUUAAAAAAAUACUUUCUUAGUCGCCGAAGUACCUGAGCAUGUCUUUAAAACUAAAUGUCAGUACAGAGCUAAAUUGUGUGACAAAGCUUCAAUUGCAGUGACUGCUUUAUACAGUAUAUUCAAAAAGGGAUGCCAGUGUUGAAUGACUCAUUUAUUGACUUGAUACUUUGAUAUACAGUGAUAGUCAGACGCUAUGCCAGACACAACAACACAGAUGAACACACAUCAUUGGCCGAUCCCUGGCGUCGUCGUGGUUUCUCCGACUGUAGUGAUUGCUCCUUUACCUCACCCGGCCCAUCUUCUUGCCACGACCUUUGGUGCUGAAAGGGGCAGGAAAGGGUUAAAAAGCUUCAUCUCGAGCCAGCCAGGCUUAGCAGGUAGUGAACCAGCUGGUGCCGGUGGAUGUCUUUCAAUUGCAGCAGUUUUGUUCAUUCUAAUUAUCUACUGUACUCGUCACUCAGAAGUGUGCAUUCGUUCACUCUCCCUCAUUCAGGUAAAAUCAUUGGAUUGGUGCAAUCAUGGCCAGUCCACUCCUUUUGAAUCUGUGAGGGGUAGUGUUUGAGUGCACACUUUGGGACCGUAUCUGUGGUCCACUUACAACUUGUGUGAAUGAGUUUAAUGGUUUCAGUCAGAUGUCAAGUUCAUUCCAUCAGUGCAAUCAAUCAGGUGAAAUACAGGGUUUUAUUUAUUUAGGCUUGUUUUUUGUUUUUUAUAAUAAUGGGGAAUGGUUUUAUUCUGCAAUUUCAGACCACACCAUGUUGUCAGGUUUUCUCCUUUUAAAAUGAAUAGGAGCUGUCAUGCAUAGUGCAUAGAUGCCACAUACAGUGCAGACAUACACAUAUGCGGCGUAAACAAUGGAUAUGAAUGGUGAAAUUAUCAGGGGUUGGCAAGCUAUAGUUGUUCAGCUAUAUGCUUUGACAGACAAGUGUAGGGCGUGAGCUGCAACUAAAAUUCUGUGGGUGGGCAGAGAGAAUAUAGAAGGGGGAGGCUUGGUUUGAAGCGCUGGGCAUCUUGCUAUGACGUGCAUUAUCUGAAUUAGGCCCACAGAAUUAUACCUACGGAGGAGCGGCUUCCAAGAGUUGGCUUAACGUUGGACCAGAGCAAACGUUGGCUAGCUAACAAGCUUACGUGUGCAGAGCGACACCAGAAUUAAAAUAAAAACACGUCUUACCUUUUUGUAAUUAAUAAAUGCAAUGUGAAACGUGAUAACUGUAGUAUCUUUAACUAGCAAUGAAAAAGUUAAUCCAUUCUUCUCAUUUCUGAAUCAUGCAUGUAACAUCAGUAGCCUAUGCUUCAGAGGGGGAGGGGCAUGUAGCCUACACAUGCACACACUGCAAAUAUUUUCAGCUGGCAGGCAGAUGCUGGAUUAAGUUUCUGAGUGACAGAGUAAGGGCUUUGUUGCAAAAAAUGGUUUAUCCCAGAACAUAAAAUAAUGUUUUUAACCAGUUCCCAUGCUUUUAAAAUAACGGUUAUGUUCCGGAACAGUAUAAAUUACUUUCCUUCCCAGUUCUGAUUCUGUUCCUCUAAAAAUUUCAUUAUUUUCAGUUCUGUUUCAGCCACGAUUUCUGCGUUAUUGUAUAAUUGGGGAUUGAUGGAUAGUGAAUGACCUGUUCAAAUAAAUGAUUGUUCCACUGUUAAAGGACUGAUGUUCCUCAUUGUGACCAUUUACUUGGCUCAUCGCGCUCUAGCGACUCCUUGUGGUGGGCAGGGUGCCUGCAGGCUGACCUCGGUCAUCAGGUGAACAGUGUUUCCUCCAACACAUUGGUGCUUCUGGGUUAAAUGGGCGGGUGUUAAGAAGUUCAGUUUGUUGGGUCAUGUUUAAGAGGGCUCGUGAUUCGACCUUUGCCUCCCGAGCCCGUUGGGGAGUUGCAGUGAUGAGACAAGAUUGAAAAAGGUGGUAAAAUACAAAAUAUAUAUAUACAGUACCAGUCAAAAGUUUGGACACACCUACUCAUUCCAUGGUUUUUCUUUAUUUUUUCUAUUUUUCUAUGAAGCUGGUUGAGAUAAUGCCAAGAGUGUGCAAAGCUGUCAUCAAGGCAAAGGGUGGCUACUUUGAAGAAUCUCAAAUAUAAAAUAUAUUUUGAUUUGUUUAACACUUUUUUUGGUUACUACAUGAUUCCAUGUGUGUUAUUUCAUAGUUUUGAUGUCUUCACUAUUAUUCUACAAUGUAGAAAAUAGUAAAAAUAAAGAAAAACCCUGGAAUGAGUAGGUGUGUCCAAACUUUUGACUGGUACUGUAUAUAUAUAUUUUUAAAGAAGUCCAAAAUCCUGAACCUCAGUGUUACUUACCUCUGGUGGUCCUGGACCCGAGCGAGAAGCUGGUUAAUCUGUAAGGACACAUACUGUAAAUCUGGCUAUAAGCAUUUAAACACAACUUUUAUUUACUGUUUAAACCUGUACAAGUGGACUCCAUCAGAGAGGUGGAGAGGAGAGGAACCCAGGAACCUGAUGAUACUAUAGAAGAAUUCACCUGUUGUUCACCUGUUCAGUGUACUGUAGGUCACCUCUGAUGUACCCACUGCCCGGGCCCUCUCACAUUGUGUAAAUAUUGACUGUCCAAAUUUCUACUUCGAUAAUUUCUACAUUGAGAAGCUUGGUAUGGUCUGUCUUAUUUUUCAUGAUCUGAAAAUCAAAAGUGAUCCUGGAUCAGCACUCAUAGUCUUGGAUACUUUGUAAAUAUGGCCCAGAAGUAUGCAGCAUAUAAAGAGGAUGGGUGAAGUGAUGGUGAAUAACCCAGUUACCAGUAUAUCCCUGGGUUAGUUAUGUCUAAGAAGGCUAAAAAGGAAUGAUGGAAUUCCUGAUUGACCAUACUGCCAUGGCUAUAUACUGAAAGAAUAAGCUGUAAGAGACCUUUCCUUGUGGUGCAGAGGUUAAAAGACCUGGCUUGGGAACCAAACAUUGCAGGUUUAAACCCCCAUGUGUAGAUUGUCAACAUAUAAAGUGUAAAAAAUAUUAAGUUUGCUUUCUUAUGCUGUAAGGAGCUACACAUUUGCAUGCUGAGAAUGUUGUGGUAAUAUUAGGUCAAACUUAAAUAUAACAUUUUCUAAAUGUUCUUGAAAUGUUCUGAAGACCUCCAAGACAAGGUAAUAUGUAUAUUGCGUGAACAUCAAUGGAACAUUAUGUUAGACCUACAUAAAACAAAUAUGCUAAGAACGUCAUAAAAAACAGACUUACAGUGAGGGUAAAAAGUAUUUGAUCCCCUGCUGAUUUUGUACGUUUGCCCACUGACAAAGACAUGAUCAGUCUAUAAUUUUAAUGGUAGGUUUAUUUGAACAGUGAGAGACAGAAUGACAACAAAAAAAUCCAGAAAAACACAUGUCAAAAAUGUUAUAAAUUGAUUUGCAUUUUAAUGAGGGAAAUAAGUAUUUGACCCCUCUGCAAAACAUGACUUAGUACUUGGUGGCAAAACCCUUGUUGGCAAUCACAGAGGUCAGACGUUUCUUGUAGUUGGCCACCAGGUUUGCACACAUCUCAGGAGGGAUUUUGUCCCACUCCUCUUUGCAGAUCUUCUCCAAGUCAUUAAGGUUUCGAGGCUGACGUUUGGCAACUCGAACCUUCAGCUCCCUCCACAGAUUUUCUAUGGGAUUAAGGUCUGGAGACUGGCUAGGCCACUCCAGGACCUUAAUGUGAUUCUUCUUGAGCCACUCCUUUGUUGCCUUGGCUGUAUGUUUUGGGUCAUUGUCAUGCUGGAAUACCCAUCCACAACCCAUUUUCAAUGCCCUGGCUGAGGGAAGGAGGUUCUCACCCAAGAUUUGACGGUACAUGGCCCCGUCCAUCAUCCCUUUGAUGCGGUGAAGUUGUCCUGUCACCUUAGCAGAAAAACACCCCCAAAGCAUAAUGUUUCCACCUCCAUGUUUGAUGGUGGGGAUGGUGUUCUUGGGAUCAUAGGCAGCAUUCCUCCUCCUCCAAACACGGCGAGUUGAGUUGAUGCCAAAGAGCUCGAUUUUGGUCUCAUCUGACCAACACUUUCACCCAGUUCUCCUAUGAAUCAUUCAGAUGUUCAUUGGCAAACUUCAGACGGACCUGUAUAUGUGCUUUCUUGAGCAGGGGGACCUUGUGGGCGCUGCAGGAUUUCAGUCCUUCAAGGCGUAGUGUGUUACCAAUUGUUUUCUUGGUGACUAUGGUCCCAGCUGCCUUGAGAUCAUUGACAAGAUCCUCCCAUGUAGUUCUGGGCUGCUUCCUCACCGUUCUCAUGAUCAUUGCAACUCCACAAGGUGAGAUCUUGUAUGGAGCCCCAGGCCUAGGGAGAUUGACAGUUAUUUUGUGUUUCUUCCAUUUGCGAAUAAUCGCACCAACUGUUGUCACCUUCUCACCAAGCUGCUUGGCGAUGGUCUUGUAGCCCAUUCCAACCUUGUGUAGGUCUACAAUCUUGUCCCUGACAUCCUUGGAGAGCUCUUUGGUCUUGGCCAUGGUGGAGAGUUUGGAAUCUGAUUGAUUGAUUGCUUCUGUGGACAGGUGUCUUUUAUACAGGUAACAAACAGAUUAGGAGCACUCCCUUUAAGAGUGUGCUCCUAAUCUCAGCUCGUUACCUGUAUAAAAGACACCUGGGAGCCAGAAAUCUUUCUUAUUGAGAGGGGGUCAAAUACUUAUUUCCCUCAUUAAAAUGCAAAUCAAUUUAUAACAUUUUUGACAUGCCUUUUUCUGGAUUUGUUUGUUGUUAUUCUGUCUCUCACUGUUCAAAUAAACCUACCAUUAAAAUUAUAGACUGAUCAUUUCUUUGUCAGUGGGCAAACAACAAAAAUCAGCAGGGGAUCAAAUACGUUUUUUCCCUCACUGUAUUUGGAGAUUGUGGAACAUUGUGCAACAUUGUGGGAAUGUUCUGUGCAACCUUUGUGAAUAUCACAAGAAUAUUCUUGCAACAUUAAGGGAAUGUCCUGUGCAACCUAACUUAAACAUUGUAUGAAUGUCAUCACAACUGAGCAUAUUUUGUGUUUUGGAAACCUAUCUCUUGUAAUGUAUCAAUGUAUCCCACAACCUAAUUAAAUGUUCUGGGAACCUUUAAAGAACUCAAAGGCUGUUCUGUCAACAUUCUUGCAACAUCAAACAAAUGCUUGGUGCACCCUAAUACAAACAUUAUCUGAAUGUCAGCACAACUGGACAGUUUUAGUGUUUUGGGAACCUGUCUCUUGUCAUAUCCCCACAAUGUUGCCACAACCUAAAGACGUGUUAGGAACUUUUAAAGAACAUAAAAAAAUGUGUUCUGGGAACGUUCCUGCAACAUCAGGUUAAUGUUUUUUGAAACAUUGUAUAAUCAUCCACACAACUGGACAGUUUUUGUGUUUUGGGAACAUAUAUUUUGUGAUGUCCCCACAAUGUUCCCCCCAGACUGUUCCCAGAACACAUUUUUUAUGUUCUUUAAAAGUUCCUAACACAUUUCUUUAAAGAACAGACCAAAUGUGUUCUGGGAACGUUCUUGUAAAAUUAGGUGAAUGUUUUAUACAAACAUUGUAUAAUCAUCAGCAUGACUGGACAGUUUUUGUGUUAUGAGAACAUUUGCCGCAACAUAACGAAUGUUCUGGGAACUUUCACAGAACCAAUUUUGGUUUGCUGGGAAAACGUUACUUGUACAUUGUGUUAUUACUUUACCUGGAAAUCUAAUGAGAACUUUGGGGAAUGUUCUGUGGUGGUUGUUACAGAUGUUGUGCAGAACAUUUUAGUGAAUGUUAGGAGAAUAUUCAAAGGAUAUUUAAUUUAAAACAGAUACAAAAAAUGUUAUCAUCCUAAUGUUAGAUAAAACCCUAACUAGAACUUAAUGGGAAUCUUAGAUAAUGUUGUGGGAAUGUUUCCGGUUUGCUGAGUUACGUCAUACUUCUCUUUCUUUAGUUUUUUUGUGUGUGUGUGUGUGUUUUAGGUAAAGGUGACUUACAUUGUACUUCUGUUUCUUAAGUUUCUCACAGAGGUCAAACUUCUCAGCCUCCAGCUCCAUCAUCCACUGCCACAUCUCAUUGGCCUUCUCCCUGUAG